AGGGUGCUUCAGUAAAUGCCAUGAAAGGUAUUUAUCGCUCGGAUUUGUUGGUAUAAAUGUUUGGAUAUUACUAGUAAACCAUAAUUACGUUCAAGUGUACAGUUAUGGCUCGAUAAAUGUAUUUACAACGUCGUAAAGUAGAGCUAAGUUCAUCGCUCGUACUGAUAGCUAAAGCUUCCGUAAUCAUUUAAAUCGCCAAAUUAAUUUAAAACUUUAAAAUGCUGCUUUCUCAGUAGCUAUAAGAGAUGACGGAUCUUAAAUCCAAUUGGCUCUAUGAUUUUAAAUUGCUGCUACUUAAUUCAACUUGAUUCUUAAGGACUUCAACGACUCGUGUAUUGGUGGAGUUACACAUUGUAAUUGUAUAAAGACAGUUUACACAUUGUAAUUGUAAUAAGACAGUUUAUGAUGUUGUAAAUUUAUUUUGAUUAGUUUUCUAUUCUUGAUUUGAUUAAGGGAUUUUAUCUAAUGAUAUUUCUUUGAAACGUAAUCAAGAAACAAUGAAGUGGACAGUUUUAUCAGCAGAAAUUAACAUGUUAUGAAACAUCAAUUUUCAUAUAUAUGAGAUCAUAUUGAAAAAAGUGUCGAAUUACAUUUCUUAUAAAAUAUGGAUGAAAGUUGGAUCCCCAAUAUUACUGUAUCGACCCCGGAGAUACAGAUCCCGACUGUUAUACCAUUGGAAGGAAUUCUACAAUCGGAAGAACAGUCUGUUAGAAAACCCACAGAAAAUGAACAAGCUAAUAUGGACCAGAAUUGGGCAAAGAAAAUGAAUAUAGCCAACAAAGAAAGAGAAAACGUAGCGAGAAUAGUAUGGCUUUUAAUGGAUGCUGGCACUUUUGCCUUACGUAGCACCUUUGACAGUGUCCAUCCUCCAUUGAACCUGAGGGAGCAUCUGUCCCAGGCACACAUCAAAGCCGUACUACAACGUCUACAUACAUCCAACGUUAUCAACGACAAACUAUGGGAGAUGUUAUACCCUCUCAAUAAGAAGAAUACCUCUUCACAGCAGUAUGACAGCAGAUCUUUGUGUGUCUUACUACAGUCUAUAUGUCAUCUGUGUCCGCCAUAUCCAAAUGGAUGGGGCGUGGCACCACUACCAACCGAUAGUAGUCUAAGCGCCGACAUUGUUCGGUUACAACUCUUACACCAGAAAGUGGCACGAAUGGAUAUGAUAUCCCCAGAAGAGUUUGUAGUCUUAUGGAACCAGAUAAAAGAAGUACUGGUUCGGUUAGGUGGUCCACCAAUCAGGGUCCGUCUACACAGAAUCGAGCACGAGAUGAUAACAACAGACCUACAGAACCAUUACGUCAAUCUGUUCCAGGAUCAAUGGGCAGACGGUAGAAAACUCGUCAUGACACCUAAAUCAACAGGGUCGAGGAAAAGAGGAAGGUCAAUGAAGAAUAAAAAGGAAGAAAAUGGAAUCCCAAAAGAAGACAAAGCUGUUUUACUGAAGACAUACCGGAUGUUUGUCGAUAACGUGCAAGCAGAAGACAUUCUCGAUCGUCUGCAGCAGAACCAGGUACUCAAAUUCAGCGAACGUCAGGAGAUUCUGGCUAUAUCGAAAAACUCCGAGAGGAUGCAAACGAUCAUAGAGAAAAUACAUACCACAAAACUGUCCUUCGGAUUCAAGGCACUUUGUGAUUCCAUUAAGUUCAAGUAUAAAAAGUUGUACGAUGUUGUCAUGGCGAUCCGGAAAGAAGUUUACAAACAUGGAAUAAAAGACACAGUGGAUGUUGUUGGUGUAUGCCGGGAUUCUCUUUACCAGACAUACAAAGCCAUGUUUGCCAAAUGUCAUCCAUUUUCCUGGGCUGAUAACAUCUCUGUAAAUAUAAGGGAUCUAUAUACACCACUAGAUAUUCUGGAUUCGAACGGACGUAAGUUACAUUUGAGUGAUAUAUACCCACCUCCCUGUACGAAUGGUAAAGGUCAAAGGAUUGUCCUAGAAGGGGCUGGAGGAAGUGGCAAGUCUAUCCUAUGUGCAAUGAUAACACAAUUAUGGGCCAGCCAUAAAAAUUACUUCAAAUAUACUUACAACAUACUAAUACAUGUCGACAUUGCAACGAUCAAAGGCGAUUUUAAAACCGAGGUUUAUCACAGGUUAUUUCCUGAUGAUUUUAAAAUCAAACAGAAAGAUUUUUGGGCGACCAUGGAAGAAAAUUCACAUGAAAUUGUUCUGCUGAUUGAUAGCUACGAAGGAAAGACAGAGAUGCGGGAUCUACAGGAAAUCAUAUCCGGUACCAGUCUCCCUCAAGCUACAGUAAUUGUGGCUACGAAUCCGGAUACAUCUCAUAGUUUAGGAUUUUCACCAGACUCAAAACUUUUCAACAUGGGAUAUAGCUCACACAGCGUAGCUCGGUGCUUUAAAACUUAUCUGUACCACUUCAAAGCCCAUCCGGAUAAGCACCAAGCGUUGUUCGACUUGAUUGAAAAUGAAUCAUGGGUAAUGCAUAAACAUCUUGGUCAACCAAUCGUGUGCCUUCUUAUAUUCGCUAUUUAUCAGACCAAUAAAACCGCCAACUUGGAUGACAUUGACUGCAUAACUAAUUUAUUUGAAGUAUUUGGUUUAAGUAUGGCAACCCAUUACUGUAAGCGACAGAAAAUUGAUGUGAUAGGCUAUGAAUUCCCCGAAGAAAUUGUUAGUGCAAUAAACGAGCUCAGUACAUUUGCUUUCGAAUCAUUAAGAGACGGGAAACGUGCCUACCUCGAAGAUGAAAUUGUAACUCCGUCCAACAAUUCUAUGAUAUUUAAUCUAGGUGUAUUCUUUAGACUCAAUGGACCUCAUUGGAAGUUUACAUGCACACUCAUGCAGGACUUCCUAGCCGCGAGACAUUUGAGCGAUUUUGUAUUAGAAGAAAUGUCAACCAUCUUGAAAGACAAUAAAAUGAUGAAAUACUCUCGCUAUUCACAGAUGAUCACGUUAUUGUGUGGACUUUUCCGUGACGACUACGAUACGUCAACUCUUAAGAGUCUGUUCACUGAUCUUGCCAUGCGUAAUAUAAGUAACACUAAGGUUCUAGGAGAUGAUGUACAGUCUGUUCGAUCAGCUGAUUCUAGAGCGAGUAUAUCACAUGCACCGAGUGGCAAGUUAGUGGAUUACAACAUAAGUUUACAGAGUCUUACCGAGUGUGAUUAUAGGGAAGACAUGUGUGAGAUUGUUGCUCAAUCAUUACCUGCCAAAAUGAUUAUAAAAAGGGAUGGACUUAUUUCGACUAAAACCUUAGAGGCUCUACCUCUUGUGAUGACAGUAGAUGCCAAUCGAAUAACUUAUCUAGACCUUGUUUUACAACCGUCGUAUUCAAGUCAGGCAGCAGUGUAUACGGAAUUUGCAAAAGGAGUGGCAAAGACAGGUUGCAUCAAACACCUAAAGAUUCAUUGGUCAACCUUAGAUUUAAUGGCUAGAAUUUUGGACGCCUUCAUGACCGAAGUUGGUUCCGUAGAAAGUAUUGUUCUCACUGAUAUAUGUAAGAAAUCAAUCAAACACGUGACCGCAGAUACAUGGGCCACAUUACAAAAUGCGUGCGAAAACAUGACAAAAACCAAGGAGUUUGCUUUCCUGAAUGGUAGUAAGGCCGCCAUUGCAUACUUUGUACUGCAACACCUUCCAACCACAAUUCAUGAUCUUAACUUUACCGGAUGUAAAUUGAACAUGAUGUGCGCUUCUGAACUCAGUUAUAAAUUAGAACAUGCGAAUUCAUUAACAAAACUUGAUAUCACAAACACACAACUAGCUGGGUCUGAUUUUGUUGCUGUAUUACAGGGUCUUAAGAUAUGUCCGACAAUUAAACAUCUCAAACUUUGUGGUGCCAAACUUGAUCGACCGGGUGUUAUCACACUAAGUGAAUGCCUUCGUCUUACUCGAACUCUUCAGAUUUUAGAUUUGAGUAACUGUGAGCUGGAUACUGAGAUGUCCAAACUUCUCGCCAACGCCAUUGCUGACAACAGGAGUCUGAUGAAACUUGUUCUGAAGAAUACAAAAGUAACACUAGAAGGAAAGAACGUCAUUUCUCAUACAAAAUUUGUACAAUUAAAAGUCAUAGGGUUAGAAGAUGCUAAACACUUACUUCUUUCAAUUUAGGUAGUAUAUGUUCUAUUAGUUAAUUAUGUCGCAAACAAUCCAUUCAUUUGAUCUGUCAGAUUGCACUCUUUAUUCCGUUUUUUUAUAGCUUUCUAUUCUACGCAAUCACUGUAAGCAAUGCUGUUACGGAGUUUUUAAUAUUAAAAUUAAAACAAAAUGUCUAUUAAAAGUCUAAAUAUACAAUUUAAAACUAGAAUGACUGUUUUGUGUGCAAUUAAUUCCGCCUUUUCUGAACAGCUUUGGGACUAAAGAACUCGUUCGAAUAGGACAGAGUUUCAAUAGGUGUUUACGAAUAACUUACGUGUAUACAGGCCAACCACAAAAAUGUAUG